AUGCGCGUUGUGAUUGUGGGCUCGGGACUGAGCGGCUUGGUCAUGGGCCAUUGCUUGCUCAAGGCUGGCAUUGACGAUUUUGUCAUCCUGGAACGUCGAGCAGACCCUGUGGAACGAAGCGGCUCGGUCAUCGGUUUCUUCUCACAGACGUUCAGGAUUAUGGAUCAGAUCGACCUGCUUGAUGACAUCCAAGGACUGUCGAAACCGUUGUACCAUUGGAUUCACCUUGAUCCACGGGGUCGAACCAUUUUUGACGGCGAGUUCUUCGAUCGUAUACAAACCAACCACGGGCAUCCCUCUCUGGUCCUGAUGCGCCACGAGGUGAUGAAAAUCCUCUACUCCAAGUUACCAGACAGAGAGCGCUACGUUCUGCCGAACAAAAAAGUUACUACUGUAAAGCAAGAUGAUUCCUCUGUCACGGUCACCUGCGCGGACGGGUCGACAUACGAAGGCGACAUUCUGGUUGGUUGCGAUGGGGUGCAUAGUGCGGUGCGGCGUUUAGCUUUUGAACCGAUCAAAGGGAAACCGGAGCCGCCUCUUGGUUCCGAGUACCGCGGUCUGUUCGGGUCGAGCCCUCUGCCUGAGGGCCUUCCACCGUGCAACAUUACCGAGACCCACGACAGCGGCAUUGUCUUUAUGCUUCUGUGUUCGCAUGAUACCGCAUUCUUCCUGGUUACCGAGCUCAAAGACAAGGACGCGCCAGCCAGCCGGAAAUACACCGAAGAGGACAUCCAUGUCUUCGUCGAGAAGUACAAGGACCACUCGGUCGCGUCAGGGGCAAAGGUGACCUUUGGGGACAUCUGGCGGACUCGAAAUCUGUCACCCGGGCCGAACAUGUACGACUACAACGAGGGUGUUGCGGAGCAGUGGUAUAACGGGAGAGUGGUGACUGUCGGAGACUCGGCACAUAAGAUGACGCCGAAUCUUGGGCAAGGAGGCAACAACGCGAUUCAAUCCGUCGCAUCCUUUGUCAACCAUCUUCACGCACUUGCCCAGGAGAAGCCCAGCCCGACGGUAACGGAUUGCGAAAAAGCCUUUGCUGGCUUCCAGAAGGAACGCCAGGAACCGGUGAGAUUCAUCGCCAAGUUGACAGGGAAUUACACUCGAUGGGGUUCCUGGCGGACUUGGUUCGGCUGGUUGAUACAGUCCUGGAUCUGGCCGCUGAUCGGUGACCGGUUCGUCGUAGAUAGGAUGCUCUCUCCGAUUGUCAAGGAUAGUAUCACAUUGGACUUUGUGAAGGAGAAGAACCUCCCUCCUGGCAAAGUACCCUGGACGCGCUGA